CCCAUUCAAAGACUUAUUUUCAGAUUCUUGAGGAAACUCUUCAAUAUAGGACUUAAUGGGUAGACCUCCACACAGCGGAGGCACAGCUUUUCGCUUCACUUCGAAUGAGUAAUAAUCAUGUAUGAUGUAUUGGGUUAACUGGUCUGUAGUAUUCGAGGGUUUGAUCGUGUUCAUGCAGUCGAAGUUUGAGAUUUUUGUGGUGGUGGAAAUGGAAGCUUGUCUGCAAGAAAUCAAUAAUGCAAUACCAGGUCGUGAAGUACUUUGUUCUCUUGCGGAGAAGUUCAGUGCGUCAGCCGAGAGAGCUGGGAAGAUUAUUGUGCAACCAAAGCAGGUAUGGAAUUGGUUCCAAAACAGAAGGUAUGCACAAAGGGCAAAAUUGAUUAAGUCUCCUGUGAAGCUGAGUAUUUCACCUAUGCCUCGAGAUGAUUCGGGUCAAGUGAGAAAUGUUACUCAAUCUUUACCUGCUCCUUCAGCAAGGAGUGCUUUUGAUAAUAGUUCUCAGAUGGAGUUUGAAGCCAAAUCAGCAAGGGAUGGAGCAUGGUAUGAUGUUGCAAACUUUAUUUCUCAUAGAAUGUUUGAGACAGGUGACCCGGAAGUUCGGGUUCGGUUUGCAGGAUUUGGAGCAGAAGAGGAUGAAUGGGUUAAUGUGCGCAGGCAUGUGAGACAGCGAUCUCUUCCAUGUGAAGCAUCAGAAUGCGUUGCAGUACUUCCUGGAGAUCUAAUACUGUGUUUUCAGGAAGGUAAAGAGCAGGCUCUUUACUUUGAUGCCCAUGUUCUUGACGCACAACGACGGAGACAUGAUGUUAGAGGAUGUCGUUGUCGGUUUCUAGUACGUUAUGACCAUGAUCAGUCCGAGGAAAUUGUGCCUCUUAGGAAGGUGUGCCGUCGGCCUGAGACUGAUUACCGGCUGCAACAACUGCAUGCUUUGAAGGAGCUUGCAUCAGCAGAACAGCGAAACACGGGCAAAGAUCCUUCCCUGGUCAGUACAUCAAGGGAUGUUAAUUCGGCAUCUCAAAGGGCAAGGAAGCAGCGAAAAGUGGAUGAGAAUACAGAUGAGGUUGUGACAGGGACUCCCCCACCCAUGGUCAAUACAGAUGAGGUUGUCACAGUGAGUCCCCAACCUAUGGUCAAGGAGCCUGUUACUGUAACCAUUACUGCAGAAACUGCAUCAACUGAAACAAUGAAAGCUGAAAAUGCUAGUGGCAGUAAUACAGUUACUCUUGAUGCACCAAAGGCUGAUGCUGCAUUGACUAUUGCUGCAGUCGCCGGCACAGGCAAUGGGUCUGGCCUUGUGGAGAAUAUGCAAGAAGGAAGAUGACAUGUAUUUUUUCUUUGAUGUAAGAUAGAAUUGGAUCUUCAUAUAUGCUUACUCUUUUUAGAUUGCUUUGUUUUU